UGCCUUUCCCUGGUGUCGCUACCUGUUUUCACCAUGAAACCAUACAUCGGUAUCCCAGCGGUGAUAGUGCUCGUUCAUCGUGCUUGGUCGCGAAAGUCGCUGACCACCCCCGGCCUCAUUGCGGCUGCGCUGACGGCCAGCGCCCAUGCUCUUCAUCCAUGGUCCGCUCCUUUUGUCUUAUUAGGAGUAUUCUACUUUGGGGGCACCAAAGUUACCAAGGUUAAACACGAUGUUAAAGCUCGUUUGACGCUCUCCGCGACCGGCUCCGAGGGCGGCGAGGGUCAACGUACCCACAUCCAAGUCCUGGCGAACUCUGUUGUCGCUACAGUGCUUGCUCUCCUACAUACAUAUGUUCUGGCAGGGAAGCCUGCAAGCGCAACACAGUGCUUUUCGAAUGGUCAUGAUGUGGCGGAUCUGUUGGUCGUGGGAAUAGUCGCGAACUACGCCGCUGUCGCCGCUGAUACAUACUCCUCCGAGCUUGGUAUUCUAUCCAAGUCCAAACCCCGCCUGAUCACCUCUCCCACGUUCCGCGUUGUUCCCCCCGGUACCAAUGGCGGUGUAACGGGCACCGGACUCCUAGCAGGAGUGCUGGGUGCAUUUACAAUUGCCGUGUCAUCCGCUGCUAUUCUACCUUUCUGCUCCGAAGGCGAUACUCUCUCGACACUCAAGAGCCGGGCUCAGUGGAUCCUGGCUGUGACAAUGUGGGGAGGUUUGGGCAGUGUGCUGGAUAGUGUCUUGGGUGGAUUGCUCCAGGCCAGCGUGGUGGACAAGAGAACAGGAAAGGUCAUCGAAGGAGCCGGUGGCCAGAAGGUCCUUGUUCACCCCUCUUCUACUAAGCCCGGCGUCCCAGCUGAUACCACCGGUCUGAAGCCUGCCGGAUCAAGCUCGAGUGCGCAGGUACACGCCACAGAGGCAGUCGCUAACACUGCCACUCUGAAAGGAACCAGGGCUACUGGAACGUCGACGGGGACGUCCGCAGGAGAAACUGAAUCGGGACACGAAAGCCGGAGGGUAGAGAGUGGACGGGACCUCUUGGACAACAAUGCCGUGAAUCUUCUGAUGGCCUUUGCAAUGAGUGUUGGUGCUAUGGGUGCUGCAAGUUGGGCCUGGGGUUUAAAUCUGGCUGACUUGGCUUUGUGGUAGCCAUUGAGUGCUUGAAGCGUAUCUAUGACUCGCAAUGCUAUGACGAUUUUCAUGACGUUGACUGAUUCGAAAGACUAGAUUCUUGAUCCGUAGAAAAGGUAGGAAGGGGAGAAAGAAAGACGUGCAUUUGACACUCGCUAGUCGGCGGGUAAGGAGAGCGUCAUAAAGGAAUCGCUAUAUAUAAUAUCAAAGACCAUUACUCCAACAAUACCCCACUUCUUCACCGAACUGGCUAUGUCUUCGCCAAAAAGGCAGACCAGCAUGCAGCGGGUUAGCGCUGAUUAUACCUCUCUUGGACGACGGUUUGGUACCGUCGUCUCUCCCUCUCCAGAUAACUCAACGUGACGCUCUGGUCCCUGUGAUAGUCAAUGAAAU